UCCCGCGUCUCCUCCUUUCCCCUCGCACGCGAAGGCAGUCGACCGCUGGAAGGCUCCAUUGCGUACGAGGCUUUCGUUUCCCGCAACCCGUCGGCCGGCAGCCGUCGUAUGAGUAACAUGUGCCGCUGAAGGCUGUUUUUCGGUUUUUUUCUCUCCUAUGGAUGCGACAUCGACCGGUAGCGCUACGCCGUCACCUCCGACCUUGACUUUUGGUGCGCAACCGUCACCCGACCCUGCCGGUCGGGGCAGCCCCAAGUCCGGUCUGGGUUCGCGGUCAACCCCCGAGAGUCCCAUCGGGGCAUCCCUUCCCCCACCACCUCCUUUGGGUCCAAAACCCUUCGGUGUCCCAUCGUCUGCUCUUCAUGCACUCAAUGGCAGACCACCUUACGCACAUCCGCGUGCUCCUCCGUCGCCUCCGGGCAUUCCAUCGGACGCAUCGGCGACGGAUUGUCGUCUCAUCGACUAUCGCGGUGCGAAGGUGGCUGCCUUCUACGUGAACGGGGAGUACCUGCUGUGCCUGCCGCAGGCUUUUGAACUGUUCCUCAAACACCUCGUGGGCGGACUGCACACCGUCUACACCAAGCUGAAGCGACUGGACAUUACUCCUAUCGUCUGUAACGUGGAGCAAGUGCGUAUCCUGCGCGGACUGGGCGCCAUUCAGCCGGGGGUAAACCGGUGCAAGCUGCUGUCCUGCAAGGACUUUGAUUCGCUCUACAAGGACUGCACCACUGCCAGAUCUGCCAGUCGUUUGUGGAAUGCCGCAUCUCUCGUCGGAACUGGUUCUAGUCCUGCAAAUGCCAGGUUGUGCUACGUUGGAGGUGUGGAUACGUUACAACUCCUAUGUCCGUCAGAGCUAUCAACGACAUUUAUCAGCCAGGUGCGGCCUCCGAAGCGGUCGUCGAUGACGUCAUUGAGUCCCAACAAUGGCACUCCCAUUGGCAUGCUCAACAAAAAAGGCCGACUUGACGAUUACGCUGGCUACGAAAAUGGUCACAUGAUUGGUGAUCGGGGAGACAAACCACCGUCAAGCGGUCUACUGCCCAAUGGUUUCAACGCCCAGCAAGCCGCUGCCGCGGCAGCCGCGCAUCUCAAUGCUACCCUUCCAUUCCUUGCGAUGGGUGCACAUCCUGGGGGUCAUCCUGGUCUUCUGGGGGCAGCUAUGGGCUAUCCUUUACCAGGCAGCACGCCUCACCAUACAAUGGCAUCACCUGCGUCCACAAGACCGGAUGGAAAGCCAGCUGCCGUACCAGGACACAUAGACCCACAAGCCGCGCUAAGAUUGCGAGACGACCCGAGCGGCGGGAAAGAUCGAGGCUACUCGUCCUAUGAUGGCAGUCGAGGAAAGGAUUCGGCAGUCUUUGUGAAUGGUGGUAUUCCUACAUCAGUGUCCAAUGGACACGGUCCGCCCGUGCUUAACUUAUCGCAACACGCGAGUCGAAACGACGACAUGCGGGACUUUAGCGACAACGCAGCGGCGGAUGCAGACGAUGACACGGAGGACGACGGCGACACGGACGACAGAGACCAAGAGCUGAGCGGAGGCGAAGCGAGUAGCCCAGACCCUCAAGGCGCUGAUCAGCGGUACGCGGACUCCGGCGCACUGGGUCUGAACGCGGUUUCCUCCAUUGAGACGCUGCUCCGAAAUAUCCAGGGUCUCCUCAAGGUGGCCGCCGACAAUGCCAGGCAUCAGGACAGGCAGAUCAGCAUUGAGAAAGCUGAGCUCAAAAUGGAGGUGUUGCGUGAGCGGGGACUUCGAGAGAACUUGGAGAAGCAGCUUGCGGAGGAGCAGCGGACAAGAGUUUUAUACCAGAAACGUCUGAAAAAGGAGCGCCGAUGCCGGCGGCGUAUUCAAGACCAACUGGAGUUGGAACAGAAGAAGCGGUCCCAAUACGAGGAAGUGCUUCGUACUACAGCCUCUCUGCCUUCCUCCACAGAACACCGGUCCCCUUCUGCAGCGACAGAUCGCGUGACGUCAUCUGACACGGAAAACGAUCGACCAACUCGGCAGGAACAGGACAAGAAAGACGCCGCUGCAGCUCCCAUCUUGUAGACCCCUACAAUAUCCCAAGUUCCAUAUCUUCGAGACCACUCACGUAAUCGCGGCCGGCGGAAGAUGUAUAAAGACGACGUCCUGUUCUUCCUCCAGCAGUCAUGAACUGUCUCUUUUUGACCCACGGUUCACCUGUCAGUGUUUCUUAUUUAUCGAGUAGCCCUUUUCGCGUUUGGGUGUGCGCGUCUCGCAAGCCGAAUUUCGACAACGCCCUCUUGUAUUCGUCAUUCGCCAUAUCAUCCGUGGAGGUGUCAAGUAUGCCGGUGAACAUCGCCUGUUCGUUCGUUCAUGCCCGCUGGUGUAGAGCCGUUCCGAUUUUUGACUCUCGUGGAGAGACACGUGCUUCAGGAAGGCAAUGGAAAUUUUCAAGGUCUGACAUCGUGCGUUCCGUUCGUCCCAAUCUACCCUGUUGCCGUGGCCUCUAACUGAGUUCCUACGGACCCUAAGCAGUCUUAAAGUCGACACGUAAGGCCAAUUACAUGGCAUCACGAUGGGUGUAUGGGCGAUACGAAGCACGGUCUACGCAUGACCUGUAAACCUCCGUUGCCCUUCCGUAAGUGCGUCCAUGUAUAAAAGUCUAGUGUGUAUGUAUGUAUUAGAAAGAUAUCUCUUUGAACUGGACUUACUGUGCGCACUCUAAACAGGGUUCCUCGUUCUAUAUUUAAAUAUCGUUUUGCGUCUCUACUGAACGAUACAUGGGUUUUCACUAGAGAGUGUCAUUGUUGAUACGGCUCUCGUCUACUUCAAAAGUUUUCGCCCGAUAUACUGUUGGUUGUCAUCAAAUCAGGAACUGUACACACGUUCAGUAGGACACCAGUCGUUUUACGCCGUGUGGCAUGCUGCUCUGCAACAGUUCUGAAGUGUGUGAUUUUGCUGCUGUAUAAUGCGGGGCUCUUUAAUAGCAUUGACUGGUGCAAUGGUCGCUGAAAGAUCGAUCGUAAAUAUCAAAAAUAUCAAUGGCUAGGCAUUUCCUAAAAUCACUUCUACAAUCAUGUGCCAUGCAUGCUGCGGUCGCCGAAAGCUGCAGUUGUCCCGUUUAAACUCAUGUAAGACGUGGCGCGACCCGAGUGGAGUAUAUACCACAAGAGAAGCUCCUUGUCCAGUUUAUGAAGCCACCUAUGAUAUAGGAGAGUUCAAGCUUUCGUUUCGCACAAAGGUGGUAUAACACUCUGGUUAUAAUCUUGGGUGAUCAUAGUCGGUUCUUAUUUAUUUGUACAUGCCCGUUUAUAAUUAUGUACUGUAUUGAAUUGCUGGAGCUAGGUUUCGGACGAUCGUUCUGUCCAGCGUGCUCCAGUAAGUAAUGAGGGAAACAUUGGUUUGUUUUUCAACACUCAAUUUUAUUUAGAAAUGAUGUUAUAAAUUGUUGAGAUGCGUCGUCUCCCUUCAGAAACCAUAGAUUUCAUUAGUAUCAGCUACUGACGAAAUAAUUUGUCAAAAUUCUUCCGCCUUUGAUUAUUACUAAUACUUUUUAAGAAUGCCCUAAUACAACCGAAGUGUUCCUCCUGUUGUUUGACAUGUCAGUCAAGUCAAGUCAAAUCACCGAAGCAACACGUAGGAUUAUCUUAUUACUCCGCAUGGUCUAAGAAGGAGAAAGGAGCCAAUGUGGGGUCACCUGCUGUGGAGUGGAUGGUGCCAUCUCUGGGACCACGAGAACCCAGCUUUUCCCGACAGAAUUCUUUAUAAAGCAAACCUCCGAAGCACUCGAACGCUUGGUCGAACUUCUACGCUUUAGGUAUCAAUGAGCUGAAGAUUGAAAAUAAAAAUAAAUAAAAUAAAUAAAACGAUGUGAUGCGCCACAGAUCGCGACACGUGUAUGUGGAAUAUGUAUAAAGUAUAAAAAAGCCUACUGUACAUAUAAGUUAAUUUUUCAUGUUGUGUUCGCAUUCUUGUUCCUGUGCCAUUAUUCGAACCAAACUUGUGAAAGUUGUGGCGGUGCACUUCUGCAUAACUAUGUCCUGGUGCUUUGUAAUACCCACCUGUUUGUAAAUCUUAAGACAAGGUCUUAACAGCGUGCUGUCUUGGACACACGCUAUAAGUUGCAGUGAAUGAAACAUGCCCGUUUCUCUCAACAUGUGGGAAGUGUGUUAUGUCACAUAUCUCAGUACUUUGCAUCACAUUGGGGGAUAUUCAAAUGCGCCGUUGCUGGAAAGCUGAGACAAUGUAAAAAGUACACCGCGAUGUCUUGUACAUACGUGCAUUUUACGUCAGUUUUGUGUGUUUUGAAUACAGUCUUCUUUGUAUCCAGUACACAGUACUACCCACUAUAAAAGUUCAAAUGGUGUGUUGUUCACAAUUGCUUAUUUAUGAAUGAAGUGUGCAGUACAUUGUCAAUUAUUUUUAUGUAGGAUAAAUUCGAAAUCAAGUCAUAUAGUGAGAAUGGCGGAAGGUAUGUAAUGCAAAGCAGACUGGAGGAUCUAGCACAAGAGGAUCUAUGCAUUGUUCUUCUACUAACAUGCGUACAAUGUGGGGCUCAUAAUGUCUAAUAAUGUCUAAUAAAUUGCCCUAUAAGAAAACGCUUAAAUAAUUUUAUUCAACCAUGUAAGCUCAAUUAGGUAAGUCAUUACAAAGUUUCACAAAUUACGCAAUACUUGUGAUGCCAUGAAUAGCUCCAGGCAUUCGGGUAGUCGGCAACUGUCAUGGGCUCGUCGUGAACAGAAAUAUUGAGCCAAAAGUGUAUGUCUACUUGUACGGCGUGUCCUGCUUGAUUCAGAUGAAUGGGUAAAAGGAAGGAGGAGCUACAUGAAAUAAAAGUAGAGGCUUGUCUCUGCGGGAUGCGACCUCCAUGCGACCUAAAUAAACAUGCACACAUUAUAUGCCACUGGGUAUAGCAAACGAAGCGCAUUAGUGAUGCGGCUUGCUUAAUAUAACCGUAAGAUGUGCACACGAAUCAUAGUGGUAGAAAUUGGGAAAGCUUGCAUACACGCAGUGGUUAGACACA